GACGGACAGCACGGCCACGCGAAAGACCGGCUUCGCGGAGCUACUUCGACUAUCCGGCGCCUCGGGCGACAAGGCCAGUGGUCCCGCGCUCUCGAAGACUUUCGACGAUUGGCAAAGGCCAUCCGCCCCGAUCUUCGUAUCUUCGGCGCUCUGUUUGGGGCUCUAUCAAAAGCAGGACAAUGGCGCCAAUCCAGCUUUCUUUUCUCGACGCUCAAAGCUUAUAUGCUCCGCCCAAACGUCGUCGUGUGCAGCGCGCUAAUUGGCAGCUUCAAGCAAGAGGGGCAAUGGCAGCGCGCGGCUGGUUUCCUCGACGAGGCGAGGGAGGCACAGGUUGCACUGAAUGUGCGAGCCUACACCGAGGCAGUCAAUGUGUGUUCGCAGGCUGCAAAAUGGGAAGCCGCCUUGCUGACCUACUCAUCGCUUGUGCGCGACAGCCUCAUACCCGACGCCAGGGCGCUCAACUCUGUCAUGGCCGCAUGCGCUCGAGGCAGCGCAUGGCCCAUGGCACUCUGGUUCCUGCAGGCACGCUCGGCUCAGAGGAUCUCAUCGUCAUCGAGUGAAGUCGGCGAUGAGAUCAGCUACACUUCGGCGAUCGAUGCAUGUGCGAAAGGCAGCGAGUGGGUGCGAGCUUUCGCCCUUUUCGCGCAGAUGCUGAGACAAAGGAUCCCAGCUACUGCCGUAAGCUUCAAUGCAACGAUUAGCGCGGCGGCAGAAGGUUUUGCCUGGCUCCAUGCUCUCUUCUUGCUCGCCGAAAUACAGCGUUGUGGGCUGCUGCCGACGCUUCCGAGCUUUUGUGCGGCCAUGACUGCAUGCGCCCGAGGCCAGGCAUGGGAGCAAGCUCUGCAUUCGUUGAAUGAGAUUUCCCUCCAUGACCUUCAGCCAGACGCUGUGGCCCUCGGUGCUGCGACCUUCGCGUGCGAACGCGGGUCCCAGUGGCAAGGUGCGUUGCAUUUGUUCGAUGCAGCUGGCGCUGCUCUACAGGAUGCGGUGGUGACAACAGCAGCGAUAGCAGCCUGUGCUGAGGCCGGACAGUGGGAAGCAGCUCAGCAGCUCUGGGCGCGGAUGCACCGGGCAGGUGUUCCUCCGACAGCAACAACCUACGAAGCCCUGGCCGCAGCAUACAGCCGCGCUCACCGAUGGCAGGAAGUCCUGACUCUGCAGGCUCACAUGCAAGAAGCCAACUUGCCACCGAGCGCUGGCAUGCUCGUCAUCAUCGGCAGAGGCUUUGGGCAGUCUUUCCACUGGGCCAAGGCCUUGGCGCUUCUAGCAAAGUGUCGGGAAGCUUCUGUGCGGGGCGCAGUCGCCGCAGAAUGUGCUCGCAGUGCAAUGUGGGCCCAUUCACUGGCUGGCAUGGUUUCCAUGCAGCGGAAACAGGUGCCCAUCGAUGCCGUGGCAUUCAGUUGUCUGGCGUGUGCAUGUUCGAGAUCGCAGCAAUUGGACAAGGCUUUGCCGCUUCUUUCCUCCAGUCAGGAGGCCACUGCGAUCCUCGCCGCCUCCCUGAGCCAAAGCACCCGAGCACGAGCCUUCGGAUGGCGGACACUAGGCGAUGUGAUAGAUCUCGUUGGCAGCUCGGAGUGGCACCAGAGAGCCCAGGAUGAAGACCCGAUCGCUAGUGACGAGUCGCGGGCCUACCUGGAG